UUUCUCUUUCUCUUUCUCGUUUAUCUUUUCUGACUUUUCCCGUUUUCUAAAUACAAAUUUACCUGGAAAACAGGUAAACAGGACUGGAUCAACAACCCACGAUCUAAACAUCUCAAUGUAUCUGAAUAAUCAACGUUAUUCUGGACCAAUAAUAAUAAGAAGAAGAAUAAGAAAAAGAGAAAAAGAGAAAAGUUUUCUUGAUAUAAUACAUGUAUUAAUCGUCUAUUUUAAUCCACCACAUGGAUAAUAAAAAGUGAUAAUUAUGGUUAAUCCAUUGUUCAUAUGUGUGAUUGUGAUAAGUUUCCAAUUAAAUUCAGGACAAAUUAUUUCUUCUUCUCGAUCAGAUCUUCCAAUUGAUUCAAGUGACAUUGAAGCUUUUUAUCCCGAGACUUUUGAUCUCGCUAAAGGAUCAAUAAUAACUGUCAACUCGACCUGUGGUCAAGUUGGUCCAGAGCCUUAUUGUUAUCCCUCAUUGACUCGAGACAAUGAAUGUGGUGUUUGUGAUGCGACCAGUCUAAAUCCCGAUAGACGACAUCCGAUAUCAAAUGUUAUCGAUGGUACAAGUUCGUGGUGGCAAAGUCCAACUCUACAGAAAAGUGAUAAAUAUGAAUGGGUAACAAUUACUGUUGAUUUAAAGCAAGUCUUUCAAAUCCAUUUGGUCAAAAUUAAGGCUGGACGAUCACCUUUACCCGGAAAUUGGAUAAUCGAAAGGUCAAUUGAUGGAGUUGAAUAUAAACCUUGGCAGUUUUUCGCAAUAAGUAACACUGAUUGUUGGCGUUUCUUUAGCACUAAACCAAUUGCAUCUCAUCCUCCUCAUUACCGAUCAGAUGAUGAAGUUAUUUGUACUUCAUAUUAUUCAACAUUGAGACAACUUCAAUAUGGAGAAGUAAAUUGGUCAAUUUCUUUAUCUUUCUUUCUCAUAAUCUCUAUUAAUCUCUCAAUCUCUCAAUCUCUAAUCUUUUCAGAGACAUUGAAACAGUUUAUGAAGGCUCGAUUCAUACGAUUACGAUUACAAAAGGUUUCGGUUCCAUGGGAUGAGAAGAAUUUGUUUUCAUAUUCAGAUCGAUUCAAUUUAACAUCGGCUAAUCAGCUUUAUUAUACUUUACAAAAUAUUGAGAUUAUUGGUCAAUGUAUUUGUAAUGGUCACGCAAGAGCUUGUCCAGUGGAUCGAGCAACUUUACUUCGUAAAUGUGAUUGUCUUCAUAAUACUUGUGGCGAUAAUUGUGAAAAGUGUUGUCCAUUAUUCAAUCAACGACCAUAUCGUCAGGCAACCAAACGAAAUAUCGCAAUUUGUGAAGCUUGUCAAUGUCAUGGACAUUCAAGUGAAUGUAUUUACGAUAAAAAUGUCGAUUCUCGUAAUGGAAGUGUCAAUGUUCAUGGCCUUAGAUCGGGCGGAGGUGUUUGUAUAAAUUGUCAAUCUCAUACAACGGGAAACAAUUGUGAUCAAUGUGAAGAUGGAUAUUUCCGUCCAGGUAAAGGAUUGAGUUCCUCAAGUAGCUCGAUUAAUAAUGAGACUGCCCCAUGUCGACCAUGUCAAUGUCGAGGUCGAGGAACUACCGAAUAUUGUAUAAAGGACAGUAGCCAUGUUCUAACGGGACUGGAAGCGGGUGAUUGCAUUUGCAAGAAAGGAUUCCAAGGUAAAUACUGUGACUCUUGUGCUCCAGGUUAUCGCAAUUAUCCAAGGUGUGACUCGUGUCAUUGUAACGGAGCGGGAGUCGUAAACCCUGAGGCUUGUGAUGGUCCAACGGUAUGCAAGGCCAAUGUCGAAGGGAAUCGAUGUGACCGAUGUAAAGCAGGUUACUUUGAUCUAUCGGCGGACAAUCCCGAUGGAUGUGCCCCGUGUUUCUGUUUCGGUGCGACAUCUUCGUGUAAAUCCUCCGAUUGGGGAGUUGAGGUGAUCUCAUCUCUCGCUCACCUGGAAGCUUGGAAAGUAUCAGAUUUCUCUGGCAAGAAAGUGGUCACUCCAACACGAAAAUCUGAACACUUGGUGAUCGCUGAUGACGACAUGCAGCCAAUGUCUUCACCUUACUAUUGGAUGGCUCCUGAUUCUUACCUUGGUGAGAAACUUUACUCUUACGGGGGUGACCUGAGGUUCAUGAUUGGAUACACGGUGUUGAGAGGAGACACUUCCGGUUACUACACUGAAGAUGCGGACAUUAUUCUGGACGGUGGACCGGAAAAUGUGAUGAGAAUUGGUUACAACUGGAAGAGAUAUGACAAAAAUGAGAACGAGGAUAAAGUGACUUUGACUUUACCUUUGCGAGAAAACGGUUGGUACAUUUUGGACGGUGAUGGACGUCGAGUGAGACCAGUGUCUCGAGAAGAGUUCACUUUGGUUCUGUACAAUUUACGGAACAUGUUGAUUCGAGCCAAGUUCCACACGGACCAGAUCGAAGGGUCCAUGUACAAUGUCGAGAUGGAACAAGCAUCGAAAGACUCAAAGUCUCUGAACAAACAAACUGGAGCGGAGUCUUGUGAUUGUCCCGAGGGUUACAUGGGACUAUCGUGUUUAGAGUGUGCACCAGGUUACCGAAGGGUGAACAAUAUUCUGGUCGGAGGUCGAUGUGAGAAGUGCAAUUGUAACAAUCACGCGGAAUCUUGUGACCCUUUCACCGGUGAAUGUUCAGAGUGUCUACACAACACGGAAGGUACAGGUUGUUCCAAGUGUAAGAAAGGUUAUUAUGGUGAUCCGACUCGUGGAACACCGGAAGACUGUAAGCCGUGUGCAUGUCCAUUGACCUUGAGUUCGAACAACUUUUCACCGACUUGUGUCCUCACGGAAAAAGGAGACGAUUACAUUUGCGACGCUUGUAUCGAGCCUUAUGCUGGAGACAAGUGUGAAAUCUGUAAGCAGGGUUAUUAUGGUGAUCCAAGUGUUCCUGGGGGCGAGUGUCUCCCCUGCGAGUGUGGUCCAAAUGUGGACACUUCAGUGGUUGGAGGUUGUGAUUCACGAACUGGACAAUGUCGAUGUGCGGCCAAUACGACUGGAUGGAAGUGCGAUCAAUGUUUACCUCAUCAUUGGGGUAAUCCAAGUUUGGGUGAUUGUAAACCUUGUAACUGUGAUUUGUCAGGAUCGAAUGACCAAUGUGACCCAAAGACUGGUCAGUGUUCAUGUAAGCCCAAUUUCACUGGUCGAUUGUGUGAUCGAUGUGCUGUUGGUCAUGGGAAUCCUGAAUUGGGAUGUCCAGCAUGUAAUUGUAAUGGAAUUGGUUCAUCUUCGUCUGAUUGUGAUCCAAUUACUGGUCAGUGUCAUUGUAAACCAGGAAUAUUUGGUCAACACUGUUCCCAUUGUCUCGAAGGUUAUUAUGGAUUCUCAGUUCGAGGUUGUCUUCCUUGUGAUUGUCAUCCAAAAGGAUCAGAAGGAAAAAGUUGUGAUGAAAUAAGUGGUCAAUGUAAAUGUAAACCAUUCGUUGAAGGAAGAGCUUGUGAUCGAUGUCGAUCUGGAUUCUGGAAUCUUGAUUCAGGAAAAGGAUGUUCACCUUGUGAUUGUAAUCCAAUUGGAUCAACAUCAUCAAUUUGUGAUCAAUUAACUGGACAAUGUGAAUGUAAACCAGGAAUCGGAGGUUCUAAAUGUGACUCGUGUAAAAGUGGAUUCUAUGGAUUCUCACCCAGUGGAUGUCAAAAGUGUGACCAAUGUUACGAAGCGAAUCACAUUUGUAACCCAGAAACGGGUCGAUGUGAAUGUCCUCCCAACACUGCGGGUCGAGAUUGUCGUGAUUGUGCUCCGGGUACUUAUGGACUGGACAUUGUCGAAGGUUGCAAAGCUUGUGAAUGUGAUAUCCAAGGAUCGGUUAAUAACCAGUGUCACAAUAAAACGGGAGAAUGUGUUUGUUUAGAAGGAUUCGAAGGCAAAGACUGUUCUAAAUGUCGAUUUGGAUAUUAUCGAUUUCAAAUUGUCGUCGAUGUGAUUGUCAUCCACCCGGAAACUGGACAAUGUUCGUGCAAAGGGAACACAAUGGGACGACGAUGUGAUCGAUGUAAAGACGCGACAUUUUCUCUUUCGGCGAUGAAUCCACUUGGAUGUUUCAGUUGCUUUUGUUUCGAGAAAACUUCUCGAUGUGAACAAUCAUCAUUAACUUGGACAACAAUCACCAGCGCACCGAAAGAAGUGACCUUUGGAAUAAGUGGACAAUCAGCGGAAUUAAAAAUGGGCUAUAAUGUGAUUCCUGAUUCUUCAGAUUCGAAACAAGUGAUUGGAAAUUCUCGAUUCCCUGAUUCGGUUCUCAAUCGUUAUCCUUUAUUCAUCAUUCAAGGAAACCAAAGACUCGUUUUACAUCAUUUCGAUAAAGAAUCGUCUUUAUCUCUAUCAGCAUCAUCUUCUUCAUCUUCUUCAUCUUCUUCGACAUCUUAUUUGGGUGAAUUUUACAAGAUUCAACUUCACGAAUCGUCUUUUAUUCUUGCCGAAAAUCCAGGACUUGAAGUAACUCGAAAACAUUUGAUGAUUGCUCUUCAAAAAGUUCAGAAUAUUCUGAUUCGAGCUUCAUCUGGACCCGAUGUACAAUCAGCCCGUUUAACCGACGUGACUCUUGAUGUCGCUGAGGAUCUGAGAGUUCUGAACUCGGUGCCAGUUAAUUUCACCGCCAUUGGAGUUGAACAAUGUUUCUGUCCACCCCAAUAUCGAGGUGCAUCUUGUCAAGAUCCAAAUAUUGGUUAUUAUCGGAAAAGGAAACCCAAUUAUCUUGAUUCCCGUGAUUACAUUGAUCUAGUUGGGUGGGCAGAACCUUGUCCGUGUAACAAUCGAUCUCGAAGUUGUGAUCCAGAGACUGGACAUUGUUACAAUUGUACCGAUAACACUGCAGGUCCUUUUUGUAAUGUUUGUGCUUCCGGAUACUUUGGUGAUCCAACCCAAGGGAUACCUUGUAUUCCUUGUCAAUGUCCACUUCCUGGUCACUCGUUUGCUGAGACCUGUGAAUCUCGGCCUGGAGGCGAUUACGUUUGUUCAGAUUGUGCGACAGGUUAUACUGGUUCUCGUUGUGAAAAGUGCGAUGUCGGAUAUUAUGGUGAUCCAAUGGCUCGGGAGUUUUGUCUUCCAUGUUCAUGUUCACCUUAUGGAUCAUUUGGAUCAAGUUGUGACCCUCGAACUGGUCAGUGUGCUUGCAAAGAGGGUUUUCGAGGUCGCGAUUGUUCAAUUUGUUUACCUCGUCAUGUGCAAACUGAAUCGGGUUGUCUUGAUUGCGAUGGUCCAUGUACUGGAUUAUUGCUCGAUGAUUUGGACUCAAUUAACGCGACAUUGGCCGAAUUACCAACCACCGAUUGGGGAAAUUUGCCUUAUACUAAAUUCUUGCAUUUAUUGUCCAAGUACAAGCAUUUUCUCAACACUUUGCAACGACAAUCGAUCCUAAUCGACGAAGGUAAAGGAAUCCUUUAUAAUGUGACUUCCAAUUUCGACCUGGAAACAUUGGUCGAUAUGCUGUACAUUCGAACAGUGAGUUUGGAAGCGAAAUUACCGAUGAUUGUGGAAGAGACCAAAUUGAUUGGUGACGAUGCUGAAAAUCUUCUCGAUUAUAUAAAUGAUCUACUUUACGAUUUGAGACGAAUUAUUGAUGCUCUUCGAAAAUUUGGAAUGGACGAUGGAAAAGGAGGAUUUUCUUUGGAACGACAUCUUUUCCGUGCUGAACAAAUUAUCGCCGAAUUGAAUUUGAAAAACUAUCGACCUCGACUCGAUGAAGCCUCAAGAGAGAAUCGAUUGUCAAAGACUUUACUUGAGAAGAUAAUUGGUCUUCUUAGAUCACCGAAUGUUGAUCGAGAUUUCCGAAAGAGAUUGGAUCGAUUACAGCAAAGAUUAUCAGAGAUUUUCAACAUUGUUCAAACUCGAGUACAAAGACCAGUCCAGUUAACAUUGAAUCGGAUCAAUGAAGGACAAAGAAUUCGUGAUCGAGUGAUUGAAGUUCUAAGGAUCAGUUCUGGUCAUGCAUCUCAAGCCAAUUCCAGUUUGAUUGAAGCUGCUCGACUAAUUAAUGCUGCUCGUGGAAUGUUGAUCGAUGUGACUGUACGACAUGGACUAGUUCCUGGUUUAGAACGGGAUCUAAGAAAUGCCACAUUGGCUUUGGAACACUUGAGGUCAACUUUGUCGAGAUUGAACCCCGAAUAUACGGUCAAAUAUGUGGAACCAUGUCAACGACAUUCAUUGGAAUUGAUGAAACAAUUGGAAUAUUUGAAAGGUCUUUUCGCCGACACAGAAAACUUUUCCAAAUACGCUCUCGAAGCGGCUGGAGUCUAUGAGCGAAUUGUUGUUGCAUUAGCUCGAGCCGAAGAAUCAGCUAAACGAGCAUACGAAGCAGCUGAACGCGCUUAUCAUGAGCUUAUCCAGGGAUCGACGAUUCCUAAAGAUUUGUUAUCAUAUCGACGAGCAUUAGAACUAAUUAAUCGGGCACUGGAUGAAUUACCUCAAGAUUUGCGAGAAAGAAUCAAACAAAUUGAUCAUACGUUGAGUUUCCUUCUCGAAGGACUUGGACAUGUUCAUUUAAGAAUAGAUGGAAUAGAAAAGAAGAUAAUUGAUGAUCUUACUCCUCGAAUUGAACGACUUAAUGAAGGAACAGCUUCUGGAAUCGAGAAUUUCACUCGGAUUGUUGAUAAAUCUCGAGCUGAUAUUCGAGAAUCAAGUCGAUUUAUGUUUGAAACAUCAAUCCUUUUGUCUCGUCAAAAAGCAUCUUCGAUAAGAGUCUCACUAGGAGCAGAAAGAGAUGAGAUUUGUGUGAAAUCUUAUCGAUCACCAACUCAACCAUCGGCCACGAACACAAUUAGUCUUAACUACGCAAUCAAAGAAGAUGUUCCUAAUUCGUUGAUUUUGUUCAUAUCAUCGAAUACAAACUCUGAUUUCAUGGCAUUGGAAAUGAUCAAUAGACGAAUUCGGUUUACAUGGAAUACAGGAAGUGGAUCUAAAUCAUUGGAACAUCCGACAAUCAUUGAAUCCAAUGACGGGAACUUGUUACGAUCUCGACACUGGUACAAGAUUGAAAUGAACCGAGUCAACAAUUUAGUGACUUUAAGUGUCCAACCAUCAACAGAAGCACAUAAAGGAGACACUCAUGAAGUAACGGGAUCAUCUGACCCUAAAUCAUGUAAAAUGGACUUGGAUGGGAACGCGAACCUGUUUAUCGGCGGUCUACCAGAUAACUUUGAAGCACCGACCAUAAUGAAGACCCGACGAUUCACCGGCUGUUUGUACGAAGUUUAUCUAGAUGAUCAACGAAUUGGCCUUUGGAACUUUAAAACCUCACAAGGAUGUCGAGGUUGCAUGGAAGGUGUGACCGAACUCAUUGAUCCAGGAACAUUCCAGUUCAAAGGUGAAGGUUCUUAUGCUACAAUGGAUCAGAUCCAAAGAUAUGACAGAGAAAAGUAUAUCGUCGCUCUGCAAUUCAGAUCAUUUGAUGAAGACGCGAUCAUCUUUUUCUCGGGCAACCCAGACACUGGAGAUUUCGUGUCCAUUUCCCUUCAAGACGGGCGAGUAUUGUACCAAUUUAAUCUUGGAUCUGGAUCACGAUUACAACUAAGAUCUCGUGAGAGAUACAAUAAUGGACAGUGGGUUCGAUUAGCUGCUGAAAGAGAUCGAUGGUUGGGAGUUUUAUCGGUAGAAGAUGAAGUUCUAGAAGGAAGUGCCCUCAAGGUCAAAGUCAAUUGGAUCUCAAUCAUGUCCCAAUUUACGGUGGGUGACCCUAAUUUCACUCAAGAUCUUUGGACACUCAAUACAUUCAAACACUUCCUGGGAUGUAUGAAAGAUGUUCAGAUCGAUACAACUCCUUUGAAUUUACUGAGCAUUGAGAAUUACGGUGUAAUUCCAGGUUGUAGAGAUCGAACCUCUCGAAUUGUCAAAUUCACAGGUCAAGGUUACUUGGAAUUGAAUAGUCGACCUCUUGGAGAAGAGCGACUUUAG